AUGGGAAUCACAACAAUCCUGCUCCUUAUGUCUGCGGCGUACUGCUGUGCGUUGCCCUUGUCUAAAGGCAAGGAAGAGCCAGAAGUGGAAGACUGGCUCAAGGCUGAGAAAUACCUGCGUAGGUACUAUGACCUUCCAGUCGGACUCCAAGGAGCUAGUAAGUCUUCAGACGCUAUGCGGCAGAAGAUCCGUGAAAUGCAGGCCUUCUUCCAGCUGGAGGUGACAGGAAACCUUGAUUCCAACACCCUGGAUGUCAUGAGCAAGGCCCGGUGUGGGGUCCCUGAUGUCGGAGAGUACAACCUCUUCCCCAGAAACCUCAAAUGGGACAAGGCUGAGGUUACCUUUAGAAUAGUGAAUUACACGCCAGACUUGGAUAAAUCAGAUGUGGACAGAGCUGUGCACAAUGCCCUCAAUGUAUGGAGUGAUGUGACACCCCUGAUAUUCAAGAAGUUGCAUGAAGGCAAUGCAGACAUUAUGAUCAGCUUUGGGAGACGGGAACAUGGGGACUAUAACCCCUUUGAUGGUCCCAAUGGACUGCUGGCCCACGCUUAUCCCCCUGGAAAUGGAAUUGGCGGAGACACACACUUUGAUGAAGAUGAGAGGUGGUCAAAAGACUCCACUGAGUACAACCUGUUCCUGGUGGCUGCUCAUGAGUUUGGCCAUGCUUUGGGUCUGUCCCACUCCAAUGACCCUGGAGCGCUGAUGUUUCCGGUGUACUCCUAUGCCAGGGGGUACCCCCUAUCAGAAGAUGACAUCCGUGGCAUCCAAGCACUAUACGGCCAGAAUCCAGACUCUCGAAAAAGAAAAGUGAAGCCCGAUGCUCCAAAUAAAUGUGACCCCAAGUUGACGUUUGAUGCAGUGACUGAACUUCGUGGGGAGACAAUCAUCUUCAAGGACAGGUUCUACUGGCGUCUACACCCACAGAUUCCAGAGCCUGAGCAGACACUAAUCAAGUCCACCUGGCCGUCCAUCCCAAACAGAGUGGAUGCAGCUUAUGAAAAUCCUGAGAAAGAUCUCGUGUUCAUAUUUAGUGGAAUCAGGAUGUGGGCCCUCAGUGGAUACAAUCUGGUCGAAGGCUACCCAAAAUACAUUCACAAGCUUGGUCUUCCAAAAAGUAUACGCAAAGUAGAUGCUGCUGUCUAUAUCCCAGACACAGGGAAGACCCUGCUGUUCACUGACGAGGACUACUGGAGUUACGAUGAGAUCAAAGGAAUGAUGGACAGUGGAUAUCCUAGGUCCAUUGAAGAUGACUUCCCAGGCAUCGGGGACGAGGUGGAUGCUGCUGUCUUCCACUACGGAUACUUGAAUUUCUUCCAUAAAAAUGUGCAGUUUGAGUAUAACUACAAUGCAAGGAAGGUGACCAGGAUUCUGAGGCCCAACUCUAUGCUCAACUGCUGA